AUGGUGAAGCAAAUAAGCAAUAGGAACCAGAUUCAGCAGUACAAGAAGAGGCAAAGCAAGCUCAACGAGCUGCUGUAUAACCAGCCAUCAAGACUUCUAAUAUCACCGAUGCAGGUUCUUGUGAUAUCCCUGAUUUUCAUUGCAAAUGUGUUUCUCCUACACAUACUUGGAAAGCUUGUGCCCAGCUCGUCACUACCACAGGCCGCAAUAGCCCUGAUGGUGGUCUUGUUGUCCAUUGCCUUUUCCUUCUUAUCUAGUAAAUGA